GUAGGUUUAAUGAGAAGGCGGUCAGUGCUUUUCAGCUAGGCGUAAUUUUCUCCGAACAUUUAUCAUUAGUUCUUGGUCGAUUUGAACAUUUAUUUCGCGUAUUUUGAUAAAAAUUCGACGCAGUAAUUGUUAAUCCUUUUCAUUUCUUGAGAUAACGAGUCCGAACCAAAAAUUAUAUCGUCUCCAACGUGAUUUAGUGAGGCAGUUGUAAAUCGUUAUCAACGACUUUUACUUUUUCUUUAUAUUUCAUAUUAUUAGCAUCUUUGGGUUGUAUUUAGGACACUUUAGUCUUUUUAGAUAAUUUGGACAAUUUCUUGUCAACUCCCGCGAUAUUGUACUCUUCGAAGUAUGGUAUUCACGCGCUAAUUUUCUUAUGGACACCAUGACUCUAUCUUUAACUGGUUGAAUAUGGUUGGAUUUGGCCUAUGAACAGAAAAAUCGUGAAAACAUCAACGAGUUAGGAAUUAAAAUGAGGAUUCACGCCAAAUAACGAUUGGAGAAUCGACGAGGAAGAUUAGAAGUUUUCACUAGGACGUUGCUAGAAGCAGAAGUGGAUGUUUAGUAGUCCAGAGACAGAGAUUGUGAACAUAUAAGUACGGGAAUGUAACAGGAAGUUGGUCAUAGAGAAACUAUUACUUUCUAAGUAAUAGUCUUCCAAAACAUUUGGUUCUAGUUCAUCCUUGUUCUAUGUCCAACAUGUUGCUCUAAAGUCUGGAAUCCUCUGUAUACGACCUAACCAAUCUAUUCUUUUGGAUCUUAUCAUUUUGAUUAUCCUAUUCUCUGCUCCCAAUUGUUUAUUUCUCUUCGUCAUCUUCGCUUCUAGAUUUUCUCCCUCGUCGCCGUCGUUCUUGUUAAAGAUCCCAAGAUAUACAUAACUUUGAACUUGUUUACUUCAUUCUGUUGUAUUAAAACUUCUCAUUGUUCUUUCCCUUUGUGGUGUUGUCAAUAUCAUUAACUUCGUUGACUCGUAGAUUAUUCACUGUCUCCGCAAUUUCUAUGAGAGCUCUGCAGGUUUCCUUAAGGAUCAGUACAUCAUCUACGUAUGCCAGUAUCCUUAUUUGUGAUGUCCUUGUUCUGUUUAAACCGAUUUUACGUAAUAUACAUUCUAAUAAUUUAUAUGGAUAACGGGUCUAAAUAAAUAAAGUGGCCGUGUUAAAUUUCAUCACACUUUCUUGAACUCACUGUAUAUAUUAGGUGUGGAAAUUUAUUAAAAACGUUUUAACUGGAGUUAAAUAAAAGUUAAAAACAUUUUCAUUUCAAUUUCAAUUAAUUAAAAUGAUAUUAUGAAGAGUUUUUAGAAGUUAAAUGUUGUUUGAAGUUUCCAUCAGAUUUUUUGCGUGAUUUUUAGUUGACCAACUUCAAUUUUACAAAUAAGUAGGACAUUUUUUUGAAUUUUCCAUUGGGGUUCAAAUAUAUAGGAUUCCAAAUUAAUAUACAGUAAAAUUUCAAACAAAAAUAGAAUUUUUCGUAAAAUGUAAAUCAGAAAAAAAAAGAGAAAAUGAUCCAGAACAAAAUUUAUUGGGAAAAAUGACUGUUUAAUAAAAAAAAAAACGUUUCUGUGUGUUUGAAGAUUCGAGUUUAAGAAUAAAAUCGAUUAUUCAAAAUUUUUUUUUCGAAAUAUUGUUAACUUUUCAUACAAAAACUAUGAAUUUUCAAAUUACAUUUAAACAGAAAUAAAAUAAGUUUUUCUACGAAGUUUACGAGGAAAACUUAAAUAAGUAUCACUAGAUAUUGCUAAAAUAUUUUACGAGACAAAUUUUUACCUAAUAAUACAAAUCAAAACCAAAAAAAAAAAGGCUUUUAACAAAAAGCAAAAGCUCAUUCACUCUCCAGAACAUGUCCGCAUUAAAGCCCUAUUUUAUAACAAUAUGGUACGAAUAUUCUUGGUGUUGACUGGCUAUUGAGGUAUAAACAAAUUUCCGUAUCAAAAUCGCUAGCACCUAUCCUGUUUAAGAGAGGCGGCGCUUCCAGUAACCGCCCCCUUCGAGCGUUUCUUUCCAGAGCGAAGCCAGUCGUUCGGCUACCAAACACGCUUUAACCGCCGACGUGAAAACAUAACGAAGAAAAGUGUCAGUAUCGGAUGUUGUUAAGUGUUGAUGACUGUUAUCAGUGAGUGAUAUGGAGGAUAAUCAACACUUGGCUGAGGAAUACGUACAGGAAUUCGUCCUGGAUCAUUUAGAAGAUAUAACAGUGAAAAGAGAAGAUAAAAGACAAAUUAUUGAGGAAAAUACCGGUUGGAUACCUCACGAUGAUACAUCGAGAACGUUAUGUAGAAGUCAAUGGGAAGAUAGAAGGAUACCAUCACCUUCUCAAGAUUCUAUUUAUAUUCAACAACCGGUUUUAGUUAAUAUGACUUUAAUGAACGAUCCCGGUACGCCUCCAGAUACUCCGCCUAAUCAUUCGCCUUUAGUUUGUAGACCACCAGGUAUUAUGGACGAAAUGAUGUGGUUUCCUACUAAUAUCCGAGCGGAACCUCAACCUUUAGACCUCCGACCUCUUCAUUGUAUGGGCGGCGAACCAGAUUGGGAACGAAGAGAAUACAUUCCAUCGGGUACGAUCACGGAAACACCGAAUCAUCAUUAUAGUUUACACCAUCAAAGACCACAAUCGGUUUGUUCGGGUGCUAGUGCUUUAUCUCCACGAAUGAAUACCCAUAACAGUGGUUACUCCACUUGUUCCGAAGAUAUCAGUUUGAACGAUGAACUAUUGAUGAAUCUGUCGGUAAGAGAAUUGAAUAAAAGAUUACACGGUUGUCCUAGGGAGGAGAUAGUGAGGCUGAAGCAAAAAAGACGAACGUUAAAAAAUCGGGGAUACGCACAAAAUUGUAGAUCGAAAAGGUUGCAGCAACGACAAGACCUCGAACAAACCAACAGAAGUCUGCAGCACGAAAUCCAUAGGCUGAAGAGCGAGUUGGCUAGAGUUUCCCAAGAAAGAGAUUUAUAUAAACAAAAACUACAACUCGGUAGACCGCCUCAUUUAAACGGCAGUCUCAAUUCGGAUGGACAGAGUUCCCCGGAGUUUUAUCUAUGACAUCAUUUUCCCGGUCGGAGACAUCAGUGAUUUUCGACCACUCGGUAUAUUAAAAAUGACAUUACCGGACGUAUUGUGAGUUGUACAAAGUUGGACUAAAAAGUUAUUUGCACAAUUUUUAAUUUGAAAGACUGUUCUCUACAGAGGUUAAUGCGUUAUUUUUUCGUCUCUGUUAUUCAAACACUUAAAGUGCAUGGCAUAUCUUUUUUUAUUAAUCGUUUUUUCAUUUUUAUAAUCUAUUUUUAUAUAAAAAAACAAUUGACGGUUGUAAUAUGGAUAAUAUAUAAAAUAUGUUACCUUAUUGUAAAUAAAUUUACUUAGUUACAUAAGUAAAUUCUGUUUUAGAUUCA